AUGACUACGACCUGCUUAUUAGAGGACUUGGUGAAAGUGCGUCAGUGCGGACUUGGAACGAUUUCGAAAGCCACCAAGGAUCUGCUGAAGAGGAGAAGAGCACUGAGGCUGAAUCCGACUGCAUCACAUCUCGAGCGACUGGCCAAUAUCAGUUGCAGAACAGCUUUGCAAGUACAGUGCAAGAAAUCUUUAAAAGUACAAGCAGUCGAAAAUUUUAGAAGCAGCACAACGAAGGAGAAGUCUGAAGAAGUACCGCAGACUUCUCGACUAUCGUGUUCCGCUGGCACAUUACUAAACGAAGACGGGACUCGCACAUCUUAA